AUGAAGAUUGUCUCGGGAGCAGAGUGGUGCUACCAGUCCCAGUUUAGAUGCGAUCACACCUGCACAGUUCCAGACUCAUGGGGAAAGUUGCAUCAUCAGUGCAGCGGUGGAGCUCAGUCUCCUGUCAACAUUGUAACAAGAAGUGUGCAAAGAGAUGAGCAUCUUAUUCCUUUUAAGCUCACUGGCUAUGAAAAGAAGCUUCAUGGUCAUCUCAUAAACAACGGUCACACCAUUCAAAUGGAUUUGCCCUCCAGUUUAAAGAUCGAAAGAGGAAAUCUGACUGUGCCAUACAAGGCACUUCAGUUUCACCUGCACUGGGGCAAGAACGGAGGACCAGGGUCUGAACACACCAUUGAUGGAGAACAGUUUCCAAUGGAGAUGCAUGUUGUUCACAUAAAAGAAGAAUAUGAUUGUUUAUCCCAGGCAGCAAAAGACGGCACAGGUGUGGCUGUUCUUGGAUUUUUCUUCCAGGAACACCCAUCUGCAAAUAAGAAAUUUGAUCCGCUUAUAGAUGCUCUGAAAAAUAUCACCUACCCCACCAACAGGACGACACUGAGGGGGGUGUCCCUGGACAUGUUCCUUCCUUCUCGGGAUAAUUUGACCAAGUACUUCCGCUAUGAUGGUUCCCUCACGACACCUAACUGCUCCGAAGGUGUAGUCUGGAGUCUGUUUGAAAGUACAAUUCCUCUCAGCAAGGAACAGCUCGCUUCAUUCUCCCAGCUUCGGUUUUCUGAUGGAAACCAUAUGGUGAACACCUACAGACCAGUGCAGCCCUUGAAUGGAAGGCAGGUGUAUUACUCCAGGGGUCAUGCUGUGCUCAUCAGCACUGUGUUACUCUUCAUGUCAACACUGCUGUCCAGCGCCCUGUCCCUGCACACUCAGCCUUUAUGA